AUGUCUCCCUCCAAGGUUGAAUCCAAGCCGCAGUUUCCGGCGGACGCGGAUAGCGAGAGCUACGCACGACAGCUUGACUCGCAGGAUCCUCUCCGCUCUUUCCGGGACAAGUUCAUCAUCCCCUCCAAGGCCAAUCUGAGAUCGAAAGCCUUGGCAAAGCCCGGCCUUUCUUCGAAGGACGGCAUCUACUUUUGCGGCAACUCGCUCGGUCUGCAGCCCAAGGCCGUGUCCAGGUACAUCGAGGCCCAGCUCGACACGUGGUCGGGUAUUGGCGUCUACGGGCACUUCACGCAGCUUGAGGAGUCGCCGCUGAAGCCAUGGCAACUGAUGGCCGAGACGGCCGCCGAGCAGUCAGCACGGAUCGUUGGCGCCAAGCCCGAGGAGGUUGCUAUCAUGAACACGCUCACUGUCAACCUGCAUAUGUUGAUGGCUAGCUUCUACAAGCCAGAAGGUCAGCGCACCAAGAUCCUGCUCGAAUGGAAGGCGUUCCCCAGCGACCAUUACGCCAUCGAGUCUCAGCUUCAGACGCGCGGCAUGAACCCCAAGGAGCACAUGAUCCUGCUUGAGCCUGAUUACGACCACAUCAUCUCGACGGAGAAGAUCCUGCGGGCUAUUGAUGAGCAUGCGGAUGAGAUUGCGCUCAUUCUGCUGCCGGGCAUCCAGUACUAUAGCGGGCAAUACUUUGACAUGCCGACCAUCACGGCGCACGCCAAGUCCAAGGGCCUGACAAUAGGCUGGGACCUGGCACACGCAGCGGGCAACGUGCCGGUGCAGCUCCACGACUGGGAUGUCGACUUUGCGGCAUGGUGCACGUACAAGUACCAGAACGCGGGCCCCGGGGCGAUUGCGGGAUGUUUCGUGCACGAGAAGCACGGGAAGGUUGAGUUUGGCGACGACGGACAGCCCGUUUUCAGGCCGCGUCUGACGGGCUGGUACGGCGGAGACCGGGCGGUGCGGUUCAAGAUGGACAACAAAUUCCGGCCGAUUCCUGGUGCAGGCGGCUUCCAAUGCUCGAAUCCGUCCGCCAUCGAUCUGACUUCUCUCUGCGCUGCGCUCUCGGUCUGGAACGACACGUCGAUCCACGAGGUGCGGGCCAAGUCGCUGCAGCUGACUGCUUACGCCGAGCACCUGCUGCUGAAGGGCCUGUCUGCAGACGAGAACGAGCAGCCGUACCGCAUCAUCACCCCCUUGGACCCUCAGCAACGCGGUGCGCAGUUGAGCGUGCUGCUGGCGCCCGGACUGCUGAAGACUGUGGCGAAGGCGCUGCAAGAGGCCGGCAUCGUUGCGGACAGCCGUGAGCCUGACGUAGUGCGGGUAGCACCGGUGCCCCUAUACAACACAUACGCGGAUGUGUAUGCGUUCGUCAAGACGCUGCGAGGGGCAAUUGGGGUGUGA